AUGGAUAGAAAUUUGGGAAUUCCAUUUGCUAAGAUCUCCACACGAUCUACAUUGACCUACCGCGUACGUGGGCGUUCUGCACGUGUUGAUGCAGAGCCUAAUAGUCGAAAGCUCACUGCAACUGAAGAAUCUACACUUAUAAAAUGGAUCUUAUCCAUGGACCAACGGGGCCUACCACCAAGAAUCAGCACUGUACGAGAUAUGGCCAGUCUCCUACUAUCAAGCCGAUUGAAAUCCCCAAGCCCUCUUAGCGAGAAAUGGGUGCAACGAUUUGUCAACCGCCACAAUGAGCUCAAAUCAAAAUACAGCCGCAGAUAUGAUCAUCAACGGGCUCUAUGUGAGGAUCCAAAGGUUAUCAGGGAGUGGUUUCGGCGUGUUCUUGAGGUUGUACAGCAAUAUGGCAUCACUGAACAGGAUAUCUACAACUUUGAUGAGACUGGCUUUUCAAUGGGAUUGAUAGCAACUGCAAAGGUUGUUACUGGCUCUGAGAUGAGGGGCCGGCCUAGAGCAAUUCAACCAGGGAAUCGAGAAUGGGUGACUGUGAUUGAAGGAGUCAAUUCAGCUGGCUGGGCCCUGCCCCCAAUGAUUAUCUUUGCAGCCCAGAAUCACCAAUCUAAUUGGUAUACAGAACUACCAAAGGGCUGGACAAUUGGGACCAGUAAAAACGGCUGGACCACUGAUGAGCUUGGGAUGUGUUGGCUGAAGGAUGUUUUUAAUAAACAUACCAAAGCCUGUACAGCAGGGAGAUAUCGCCUGCUAAUUCUUGAUGGCCAUAGCAGCCAUGCAUCUGCUGAAUUUGAUCAAUUCUGCACUGAGAAUAUGAUCAUUCCUCUAUAUCUUCCACCACAUUCAUCACAUCUAUUACAGCCGCUUGAUAUUGCCUGCUUUGGGCCAUUGAAACGCGCAUAUGGGCAGGAAACACAGAUCUAUAUGCAGCACGGCAUCAAUCAUAUUGACAAGGAAGAUUUCAUUGCAAUCUACCAGCAAGUGCGCCCGCAUGCACUGACAGCAUUUAAUAUAUGCAGUGGAUUUGCUGCAGGAGGCCUGGUUCCAUAUAAACCAGAGCAGGUGCUUGACCAGCUUCAUAUUCAGUUGAAAACACCUACUCCGCCAGGCACAUCUCAUAGCAAUCAAUCAUCUAGCUGGACCGCUGAGACACCAAAGAAUGCUAGGGAGCUGGAGAAGCAGGCAAAGCUUAUUAAGAACCUCUGGCAACAGCGUACACACAGUCCUCCUAGCCCAAUCAGUGAAGCAGUUGAUCAAGUGGUCAAGG